AGGCAGAUCUGACCAAGGCCGCCUCUCAGCCUCACGUUCUUAAGUAGCAUCUAAGCAAAAGAAAAGGAUGGGCAAAGUGCUAGUAAUGAGAUUUGAGGCCUCUGAGUUGACUCCCAAGCAGAAUGUGAGAGAAGGGUGCCGGCUCCUGCUGGGCAGCUACAGUUGCUCCGCAGCUCCUGGCCGAGAAUCUUCCUCUUUGGAAAUUCCUGAGCUGCCCAGGCGUUUUGAAUCUCUCAGGACUCAGCAGCAGCCCACCCCCUCAACGACCUCUCCAUUGGCCAGAAUCUGGGACACACAGCCUGACUUUGUGCUCAGCUGAGGGAAACCCCUUGCCCAACACCAAAACCGGCGCUGGUUCAUUUCUCUGUGCACUCUGGGAAAGCCACUGCCCCACAGACCGCAGUUUCGAGUAGCACCAGGAUCUGGGGUGGCGGGGGGAGUACAGGAACCUCCCGGUUCAUUCUCCCUCCCGGGCUGCUUGUCUCCUCCGUACCUCUCGCAGCCCCUUCCCAGCCUCUCCUCCCCAAGAGCGCCGCUGACACUCGCCGGGCCGCGGCUCAGGUUUUCUGCUGCUCGCGCGAAAGUGGCUCGGGGAGCUCCUGGCCACAAGCUCAGCACACCGAUCCUCCUAGGGCUGCGGGGGGUGUGGGACCAGGGCGGUGCGCUACGAGACUCCGGGCCGUCCUCUGCCUCAGACUUUUCGAGAGAAAAGUUUCCAAAGUCUCUCCACCUUUUUUUUUUUUUUUUCAGGGGCUCGGGAGAAUCCUCUCCACAGCCAGGGAUCAGCGUCUAUCUGGGCGAGGGCAGUGAUUUAUACAGUAGAAUCCAGGGGUUACCGGGCUCCGCCCCUUCUCUCUCUCUCUUUUUUCUUUCAUUUGUUGCUUGGGGAGGAGGGGUUCUUUUUUUUUUUUUUUGCUUCUGCCCCAGAUCUUUCCUGGACAGUGCGUCUCUGCAGUUCAGAUCCGGGGGCCCCCAGCUGGCAGAGGGCGUGGGGGGUUAAGGCAUUAACCCCUCCCAGCCUCUUCCUGAAGAAACCACCCAGCCUUGGCGCGGCGCUGGGUGACUUCGCGUAGCAGGCAGGGAACUGGCCGCGGCGAGCGGGACUGGCCAUUGGAGUGCUCCGCUGCGGAGGGAGGGGACCCCGACUCGAGUAAGUUUGCGAGAGCACUACGCAGUCAGUCGGGGGCAGCAGCAAGAUGCGAAGCGAGCCGUACAGAUCCCGGGCUCUCCGAACGCAACUUCGCCCUGCUUGAGCGAGGCUGCGGUUUCCGAGGCCCUCUCCAGCCAAGGAAAAGCUACACAAAAAGCCUGGAUCACUCAUCGAACCACCCCUGAAGCCAGUGAAGGCUCUCUCGCCUCGCCCUCUAGCGUUCGUCUGGAGUAGCGCCACCCCAGCUUCCUGGGGACACAGGGUUGGCACCAUGGGGUCCACCAGCGUCCCGCUGGUCAAGGCCCACCGCAGCUCGGUCUCUGACUACGUCAACUAUGAUAUCAUCGUCCGGCAUUACAACUACACGGGAAAGCUGAAUAUCAGCGCGGACAAGGAGAACAGCAUUAAACUGACCUCGGUGGUGUUCAUUCUCAUCUGCUGCUUUAUCAUCCUGGAGAACAUCUUUGUCUUGCUGACCAUUUGGAAAACCAAGAAAUUCCACCGACCCAUGUACUAUUUUAUUGGCAAUCUGGCCCUCUCAGACCUGUUGGCAGGAGUAGCCUACACAGCUAACCUGCUCUUGUCUGGGGCCACCACCUACAAGCUCACUCCCGCCCAGUGGUUUCUGCGGGAAGGGAGUAUGUUUGUGGCCCUGUCAGCCUCCGUGUUCAGUCUCCUCGCCAUCGCCAUUGAGCGCUAUAUCACAAUGCUGAAAAUGAAACUGCACAACGGGAGCAAUAACUUCCGCCUCUUCCUGCUGAUCAGCGCCUGCUGGGUCAUCUCCCUCAUCCUGGGUGGCCUGCCUAUCAUGGGCUGGAACUGCAUCAGUGCGCUGUCCAGCUGCUCCACCGUGCUGCCGCUCUACCACAAGCACUAUAUCCUCUUCUGCACCACGGUCUUCACUCUGCUUCUGCUCUCCAUCGUCAUUCUGUACUGCAGAAUCUACUCCUUGGUCAGGACUCGGAGCCGCCGCCUGACGUUCCGCAAGAACAUUUCCAAGGCCAGCCGCAGCUCUGAGAAGUCGCUGGCGCUGCUCAAGACCGUAAUUAUCGUACUGAGCGUCUUCAUCGCCUGCUGGGCACCGCUCUUCAUCCUGCUCCUGCUGGAUGUGGGCUGCAAGGUGAAGACCUGUGACAUCCUCUUCAGAGCGGAGUACUUCCUGGUGUUAGCUGUGCUCAACUCCGGCACCAACCCCAUCAUUUACACUCUGACCAACAAGGAGAUGCGUCGGGCCUUCAUCCGGAUCAUGUCCUGCUGCAAGUGCCCGAGCGGAGACUCUGCUGGCAAAUUCAAGCGACCCAUCAUCGCCGGCAUGGAAUUCAGCCGCAGCAAAUCGGACAAUUCCUCCCACCCCCAGAAGGACGAUGGGGACAACCCAGAGACCAUUAUGUCUUCUGGAAACGUCAACUCUUCUUCCUAGAACUGGAAGCUGUCCACCCACCGGAAGCGCUCUUUACUUGGUCGCUGGCCACCCCAGUGUUUGGAAAAAAAUCUCUGGGCUUCGACUGCUGCCAGGGAGGAGCUGCUGCAAGCCAGAGGGAGGAAGGGGGAGAAUAAGAACAGCCUGGUGGUGUCGGGUGUUGGUGGGUAGAGUUAGUUCCUGUGAACAAUGCACUGGGAAGGGUGGAGAUCAGGUCCCGGCCUGGAAUAUAUUUUCUACCCCCCUGGAGCUUUGAUUUUGCACUGAGCCAAAGGUCUAGCAUUGUCAAGCUCCUAAAGGGUUCAUUUGGCCCCUCCUCAAAGACUAAUGUCCCCAUGUGAAAGCGUCUCUUUGUCUGGAGCUUUGAGGAGAUGUUUUCCUUCACUUUAGUUUCAAACCCAAGUGAGUGUGUGCACUUCUGCUUCUUUAGGGAUGCCCUGUACAUCCCACACCCCACCCUCCCUUCCCUUCAUACCCCUCCUCAAAGUUCUUUUACUUUAUACUUUAACUACCUGAGAGUUAUCAGAGCUGGGGUUGUGGAAUGAUCGAUCAUCUAUAGCAAAUAGGCUAUGUUGAGUACGUAGGCUGUGGGAAGAUGAAGAUGGUUUGGAGGUGUAAAACAAUGUCCUUCGCUGAGGCCAAAGUUUCCAUGUAAGCGGGAUCCGUUUUUUGGAAUUUGGUUGAAGUCACUUUGAUUUCUUUAAAACACAUCUUUUCAAUGAAAUGUGUUACCAUUUCAUAUCCAUUGAAGCUGAAAUCUGCAUAAGGAAGCCCACUUUAUCUAAAUGAUGUUAGCCAGGAUCCUUGGUGUCCUAGGAGAAACAGACAAGCAAAACAAAGUGAAAACUGAAUGGAUUAACUUUUGCAAACCAAGGGAGAUUUCUUAGCAAAUGAGUCUAACAAAUAUGACAUCUGUCUUUGGCACUUUUGUUGAUGUUUAUUUCAGAAUGUUGUGUGAUUCAUUUGAAGCAACAACAUGGUUGUAUUUUGUUGUGUUAAAAGUACUUUUCAUGAUUUUUGAAUGUAUUUGUUUCAGCAGAGGUCAUUUUAUUGGAUUUUUCUAACCUGUGUUAACACCACUGAAUGUGUAUUUCUUAAGAAAAUACCACCCUCUUGUGCCCUUAAAAGCAUUACUUUAACUGGUAGGGAACGCCAGAAACUUUUCAGUCCAGCUGUUCAUUAGAUAGUAAUUGAAGAUAUGUAUAAAUAUCACAAAGAAUAAAAAUAUAUUACUGUCUCUUUAGUAUGGUUUUCAGUGCAAUUAAACCAAGAGAUGUUUUUUUAAAAAGAAUAGUAUUUAAUAGGUUUCUGACUUUUGUGGAUCAUUUUGCACAUAGCUUUAUCAACUUUUAAACAUUAAUAAACUGAUUUUUUUAAAGA